UUAGUCUAUAAGCACAAGUUUUGCAUAACACAGCUACUCAGUUAUUGUUCCGUGUACUAGAAAUUGCCUUUAUAUACAUACUACGUUCGAUAUAGACAAUGCAAUAAACGAUUCAAUGAAAGUAACAAUACCUGAGGUAUGUUUAUACCAGAAACUUUAAGAGGCUGUAUGAUCGAGACGGACGUUUCUUCUUAUUUGCAAACAUCAUCAUCGGGACAGGAUGAAUUUCACCCUUUUAUUGAGGCACUCUUACCGUACGUCAAAUCAUUUUCCUACUCUUGGUUUAAUUUGCAAGCCGCCAAACGAAAAUAUUAUAAGAAACAUGAAAAACGUAUGUCACUGGAAGAAGAAAGACAUUGUAAAGAUGAACUCCAGAAUGAAAAGACUGAGGUGAAGCAAAAGUGGGCUUCCCGUCUUCUUGGAAAACUCAGAAAAGACAUUACACAAGAAAGUCGAGAGGAUUUUGUGCAAUCUAUAAUCGGGAAAAGAAAAUCAAUUUGUGUUCUCUCAAACCCCGAUCAAAAGGGAAAAAUGAGACGAAUUGACUGCUUAAGACAGGCUGACAAAGUAUGGCGGCUUGAUUUGGUCAUGGUUAUACUCUUCAAGGCGAUUCCAUUAGAAAGCACAGAUGGUGAGCGGUUAGAAAAAAAUCCGGAAUGUUUACAUCCAGGAUUAUGUGUAAAUCCGUACCACAUUAACGUGUCUGUUCGGGAAUUGGACUUGUACUUGGCCAACUUUAUAAAUACUCAUAAUUCAAUUAACAAUACAAAUACGACUUUCUCAACUACUCCGGGCGUAAGAUCGCCACAUAUAACUAUGUAUAAUCGAAGUAAUGAUCCAAACAGAAAAGAUGAGGUCGCUGACAUGAAAAAUGAUGUCGUUAAACAAAACCCAUAUAAUGGUGUUGUUUGUAAUGAUAUUAUUUUAGCAACUGGCGUGUUUUCUUCUCAAGAACUGUGGACAUUAUCUAAAGAUUUAAUUUUAGAUGAAUCAAAUGAUAUAAACCUAAACUCUAGCCUUAUAAAGAGGGAGAACGUUGGAGCUACCUAUGAGUGUAAUACAUAUCAAAUUAACUCUGAAUCCUCAAUUUCUGCUGCUCAGAGUCUUGUUCAAUCUGGGUCAAUUGCGGCUAAUCCGAUUCCACUUGGAUAUAGCAAUCAGAGGAUUACACAAUUAUCACAAAGUCCAUUGCCACGUACAGAAGGCCCAAACGGCGAUUCCCAUGAUGCUAACAAAAUCGAUCAAAGUAGCUCACCGCCAAUCACGAGCACUGCAUCAGAUAAUGGCACAAGUAGUUUUUCUUUGAUCGUGAGAGCUACGGAUAGCUCUAUUGAAGAUCCAAAAACUUCACCCAUUUCUUUGCAUCGCUAUACCUCUUUAAGUAGUCGGACGCUGGCCCAAGCUCUCCCACAACAUAGUUGCUCCUUGCUACAUUCGUCUUCCACUAGUCCGACUAAUACCUUAUAUUACCCCCAGCAUAAUAAUACAAGACCAUCUCAAACAACUUCCGUUGAGGAACAAAAUCGUGUUGGCUCCGACAAAUAUUCAACGGAGCCUCAAGAUAUUUCGGACUUUGUCACUUAUGUUUGUCAAGACACCAGUCAUACGACAACUAUAACAGGAUCAGCUGAAAACCAUUCAUUUCAACACUCCCAUACACUCCCACAAGGUCAUGGUCAUUCGCCGCAUUUUCAAAUUCAUCAACAGCUGCGAUCUGCAAAAUUAACGACUUCACCAUCAACUCAUUAUCACAGUACAAUGCUUCCGCCGAUGCUGCCACCAAUGGCUCGACCUGUAGCUAUAAUUCGCAGUAGCAGUGAUCUAACCUUAGUCCAAUCCCCACCAACUUCUUUGCCACUGACAGCCCAAUCUACAAGCUUGAACGACAAUAGUUGUAUAGCGAAACAUAGCCUGCCAACGGAUAAUAGACUUGCAAGUAACCUUGACAACAGAAAUAGCCCCAAUAACACAGAUGUCGUUUCACAACACGAAAUGACUGGAACUGCAUCUCCUCAACCGCAAUCUCACACACCGACAUUAGCGAGUCCCCAAUCUUAUCUGGAUCCUGGGCGAUGUAAGCUUUUAUCAGCUGGCUCAAACAUAGGCAGAAUUACAACACAAAUGUAUCCCUCAUCAAAUAAUAGAGAAUAUUUUAAUCACUUUCAUUCGCAGCCCACAUCGCUUUUGGGAUAUGCCGGCUCUAUUUCUACAAUGUCUGGAGUUAUAAGUCCAACAGACCUAACACUUUACUCAGCUCCAAUGGCUGUAUCACGUUCAAGUACCAGGACUAGAUGGAACGAAGAGGAGCAUAAUGUAAUUCCACAGUCUGCAUCUAGUACAAACAUGGAUAACACCCAAGUUAUAUUAAUGGAAGACUCGACUGGUCGUUAUAUAGAUGAGUAUUCUAGUCGUGACUAUGUGUCAUGAUGUAAACUAAAUAAGGUAAAAGUCAUUAAACUCUUCGGCUUGGGCAUGCCAAAAUAUUGAUUAGAGAAUCAGUAACUAAUAAGAGUACCUUAAACAGAUACAUAAAAUCCUUUUGCACAUAUAUUUAAGUUUGACAAUAAUCGUUGUAUUUAAUCAUAAUUGAAUGGACUCUAGGUAUGCCUGUAUAAUAAGCUCGGUAAAAAGAAUAUAUUAAAGCCCAUAAAGAACUAUUAAGGCGUCGGAGAUGUCAAUAUUAGAAGUCAAAUAAAUUUACGGGAUCUCUUAUUCCUGUUAAUCCUUUAUUAAAAAAGGUAUACUUGAUUUGAUUGAAAAAGUGUAACAAGAAGACGGAAGCUACGUCUACCCUAUAAAGUAUAUCUACUCUUAACCAAUAAAACCAAUAGCCGAGUCGAUCUGGCCAUGUCCGUCUGUCCGAACAUCGAGAUAUGGAAAACUAUAAGAGCUAGAAAGUUGAGACUAGAAAUGCCGACUCUUGUGACGCCAACGCUGCUCAUAUUUACUUCAGUACGACCACUCUAAAACCACAAGCGAUUUCGGUAUCUCAGCAAUCUAAAGACUUUUUUUUAGAUUUGAUAAGUUUACACAAUUUUUUUUUCUAAUAUUUAAUACAGAUCCAAACUUAAAUACUUACGACAAAAUUAUUUCGGAUAUCAUGAACUUUUAUUAACCAAUAAGUUAUAGGCAGGAAGUCAUAUCUAAUAUUGGAUUUUAAUUUAAUUUUUAGGACGUUAUAACAUAUAAUAAUAUAUCAAGAUGUGAGCGAAAUAUCUCCAAAUAGUGGGUUAUUAGUUGUCAAUAAAUCUUUAUAAGCCAGAGGCCGAAAUGGAUUUAUUUGAAACAUACAGUGCUACUGUAAGCUGCUAAUAAUUUUGUACUUAUGAAACCAGAACGAAAUCGCUUUUAAUUUUUACUCAUUUCACAAUUUGUAUCAAAGAUUCUCCUACUUACCUCCCUAUUUUUACUUUUAGAACAAUAUAUAAUAUUUCAAUUCAAGUACAAAAAAUAAUAGACACGUAUUGAAAUUCCCAGGCUACCACAGUCAGACUAUGACACAGUAUUAAAUAUAUUAAUGCUCUGUGGCUUUUUCGAUUUGUCUAGAAUUUUUUUAGGAAUCCGUUUGUGAUUUAUAAAGAUAAAAUCCUGUCAACCACUGUAUGAAAAUAGUACCAGCGUUGCCAUGCAAAUAAAAAACAUUAAACACAAAGCAACCAAAAUUCUAAUCAUAUUUUACGCAUGUAAGCUACAUAUUUAAUUAUUAUUAUUUUAUUUUAAUGCUUAAGAAUUUUCAAAUUUAAAUGGAAUAUUAAAUGGCAUAUUUAAGCAAUAUGUUACUUAAGGUUGCUGUGGAAUUUUAUUAUAAAAAAAUUUAAUUUAACCUUAGGCUUUAGAUGAUGGUUAAAUUUACUUAACUUUUGAAAAAAGUAGUAUAUAUAAGGAAUUUAAUAUUAUGAACAUAAUUACACUGGGCACCAGUCGUCGCCUAUUUUAUUUAUAUUAAGUGAAGAAGACAAAUUUUAAAUAAUAGUACAUUUUUGAUCGACCCGAUGAUGAUUACGACCCGUAAAUCAUCAAACAUUUUUUUAAUUUGAUUUUGUUAUGCAAGUUGAAAUUAUAGAGAAUGUAAGAAUACAGUUCUAAUAAGUGCCUAAAAUGUUAUUAAAAUAUUCAAAUUAAAAGCCGUAAUAAUACUUAUAAGCCAGCAUAAUUUUUAUUUUGAAAUAGAUCUUUGCAAGGUCCACUCAAUUGGUCAAAAUAAGUGGACAUCUAUUUCAAAAAAGUUAAUUCUUGUAACUAAAAGUUUUAGCAAUGGCUAAAUUUUUUUCAAUCAAAAGAUUUUAGCUCCAUAAGAGAAAUGUAAAUUUACGAAUGUGCGCUGCAUUGUAAUUGUGAGUUCCAGAACAAAACAAAUACAAAUAUAAAAUGUUAGUACAAUAAUAAUAUUAGAUAGAUGGCAAAAAGCAUGUGCAGACACAUAAAAUAUAAAAAACUAUUUAUAAGAUUUGGCUGUGAAUAUAAUUAUUACGCUAACGCUAUAUAUAAGUUAGGGUAAAACGAAAGUGCUUAUUACAAAAAAAGAUAAUAUUGUAAUAAAAUAUCAAUAUAUACACCCCACUUAAAUAGACUGUAAACAAACGGAGACUUGGCAAUAAUAAAUAAAUAUUUUAUUGAAGAACGCGAAUAAAUUAUAAAAAGUAUUUGGAUUACAUUUUUGAUUGGAAUUGUUUAGUUUUUCCUUUUUUGAGUCAAUCUUAAC